AUGUCGCAGAUCAACCCGCAGUUUGCUCAGAUUGGCGAGCAUAUCACACAGAAAAGUAUACCCAGCAUGCCAUCGUUGUACUUAAAAGCGCAACGAAAGAACUACUCCGACAGACAAAACAUAUAAAUAGGUGGGGGACGACCUCCGCCGGCGACAAAAAAAGACAAAAAGAAGCACUAGCACAAGCCGUCCACACCAUACCUUUUCUGGAGUUGUAUUAUUUCCAACAGUCUCGACGUGCUGUACUUGUCAUGUAGAACAAGUAAACGCAGCGGCAUCAACAUAGAGAUAGAUAUCGAUUGGCACUGGCACUGCUUUGCAGGAGUGAGGUAGGAGUAUGUCCCUGCGAAGAUGCUUAUCAUGCCACGCGGGGAAAGAAAACGUAGUAAAGUGACGAAGUCUCCGUAGUAAAUUUCAAAGCGGCGUUGACGAUUCUGGUCUGCUGGGUACGCUUUUCUGUGGGAUAUAGCAGUUCUGCCAGCACUACUACAAUACCUUUGACACGAAUCGGGUCGCGCUCCAACAAUUGUACAAUUGCUUCUUUCAGUUUCAUUGACUUUGACUCGUGUAACGACUCCAUCCUCUCUUCAACGACCAUAACUGCUUCCUGCAGCAGCAGGUGCUUUACCUUCGAGAAUUAUGAUUAUCAUUAUGCUAUAGUGUCGCUUCUCUUUCAGGUACACGCCAGAUUCCAUGAUGACGUUCGAGGGCGAAGCGCUGCAGGGACAGCAGGCGAUAAUGAACAAGCUCAACAAUUUGAAGUUCUCGAAAGUGAAGCAUACCCUCACAAAGGUAACACUUUCUUUUGCUAUUCAAGUAGGACGUGUGGAUACAAGCGCGACUCAUUUACUUUGAUAAUCUUAAAAGAUUCUUGUGCGCGUGCAGUCCUUAUUUUUGCAGCAACAACCAGAAAUACAAAUAUUAGAAAUACUUACCGAUGUCAUGAUCGUGCUUACCCCCCAGGUGGAUUUCCAGCCGAACCCGUUCAACAAUGGCGUCUUCAUUUUUGUGACGGGAGACCUGAAAGUAGACGAUGAGGAGAAUCCGCUGAAGUUUGCCCAGGUGUUUCACUUAGUACCGCACGCCGGAAGUUUCAUCAUUGUGAACGACAUGUUUCGGCUCAACAUCGGGUAGACGUAGGUCCCGCGGGUAGUUUCCUCAUUGUGAUCAACGACAUCUAGUUCUGGCUCAACGUCCGAGUCGGCUAGUCAAGGGACUUGCUAUCCGGGAGAAGUGGCAGAAUUUUCGGAGAAUCCGGCAAGAAACCGUGCCGGCGGAAUCAAUGCAAGCAAAGGAAUAGAAAAGAAAAACACGAGAUAUCACAAUGAGGCACUGCGUCUGCAGUCUAUAGUCUUGUAAUAAAUGCUGGGGAUCAUGACGAGAAGGGCGAGCAGCAAAACAAAAAGAAGUAGGGUUAGUACCACACGCACACAGACACACACGACACACGCAUAGAGAGCAGCAUGAUGAAGCUGCGCAGCUGUGAUUUUUCACCAUACAAGAACCCUUGUUGAUGCGCGCCGAAUAUUAAAUGAAUCCGCUCCUGCAAAAAAUGAAAAUGACCCAUAGGCUGGAUCGAGUCCUCUGUGGCAUUUAUUUUCCAUGAGUAUCUAUCUCAUCCUAUUCGCCCAGCAAGCUUCCAUAGUCGUGCUGCGUCCCGGCAAGACGAUCGACGAUGGCGGAGGAGCCCUGGAUACAUAUGGAUAUUUCAUCAAUAUGAUAAAGGCCAUUCGCUG